GGAAAAAAAAGUGAGAAUCCUUGAUAGACACGAAGCGUUAAGAAUUUCUUGUCAUUGAAGGUACCCUCAUUUGUUGCUUGACCCUCAAUCAAGGACCCAUCCAUCUUUUCCGUUUCUCUUAGGCUGCGCUGAAGCCCUAAUUCACCAUCUUUAUCACCGCCACCACCACCCCUUUUUCCUUCACCAAAUGGGUCACGAAGAACCUCUUUUACUUCCUCCACCCCCAUCUGCUACCACAAUCAACCCUUCACCACUCACAGUUUCAGUACCAUCGCCUUCUGCGUCUGCUUCUGCGGCCCCACCAACUUCUCUUGCUCCUGGUUUUAGAUUUCACCCUACUGAUGAAGAACUUGUCAUUUAUUACCUGAAACGCAAGGUUUCUGGAAAACCCUUCAGAUUUGAUGCUAUUGCUGAAGUUGAUAUCUACAAGAGUGAACCCUGGGAUCUUUUUGAUAAGUCAAGGCUGAAGACCAGGGACCAGGAGUGGUAUUUUUUCAGUGCAUUGGACAAGAAGUAUGGAAAUGGGGGCAGGAUGAACAGAGCCACUCUUCAAGGUUACUGGAAAGCUACAGGAAAUGAUCGUCCAGUGAAGCAUGACCUAAGGACCGUGGGGUUGAAGAAGACUCUGGUGUUUCAUAGCGGCCGUGCUCCCGAUGGUAAGAGAACAAAUUGGGUCAUGCAUGAGUACAGGCUUGUUGAGGAAGAAUUGGAGAGAGAGAGGGCUGGGGCUGGACCCUCUCAGCCACAGGAGGCGUUUGUGCUGUGUAGAGUGUUUCACAAAAAUAACAUUGGGCCUCCAAAUGGACAACGGUAUGCACCUUUUGUUGAAGAAGAGUGGGAAGAAGGAUCGGGAAUGGUUCCUGGGGCUGAGCCUGUGAGUAAUGGUCCUGUGAGUAAUGGUCCUGUUGACCGCCAUCUGCGUCUUGAAUGGAACGGUGGAGUUUCAUGCAGUGAAGGAAGAAAUCAUGUUGUGCAGGAUACUCAAUCCAACAACAAAACUCCACUUGAUGUGAACAAGCUGCCAAUCGAAACUCAAAAUCUUCUUGCUGUGUGCAAGAGGGAGAGCAUGACUGAGUUUUCAUCACCAGAAAAGGAUGAUUCUAAGCAUAUGCAUGUUGAUGAUGAGUACCCAUUACCCCCAACCGAUAACCCGAAGCCAAUACCCCAAAUUUACAAAAGGCGGCGCUAUAACUUGAACUCCAAUCAUUCUAAUGUUUCUGGAGAUUCAUUCCACCCUAACAGUCAGGAUCCAUGCUCGUCCACAAUAACCACUGCAGCGACAACUCUCCCGACAACUGCUGCUGCUGUCACAACUGCCAAACCUGCACCAAAGAAACAUUUUCUGUCUGCACUGGUGGAGUUUUCCCUGCUAGAAUCACUUGAAUCGAAGAAGGAAAACCACACCUCAGUUCAGCCGGCAGAUUUUGACUUGGCGAAUCUUGAAUCGUGUGUGCCUCCGAGUGUUGCAAAGUACAUCAAAUACUUGCAGAGUGAGACGCAGAAGCUUGGUGUUGAGAAGGAGACAAUGCGGUUCGAGUUGACAAGUGCUCAAACCAUGAUUAACAUUCUCCAGUCCCGUGUUGAAAAUCUCAGCAAAGAGAACGAGGAGAUGAAGAUGAUGAUGAGAAAUCCUUAGGAAUUGGGAGUGAUCUCAUUCCUUGUAUGAUGAUGUACCAGUUAUGUUUACAGUUAAUUUUGGAUAUCUAUUUUUUUUUUUCUUGAGUAAGAAUUCUAGUUCGUUUCUUUGACUGAACAUGUGAAUGACAUGCAUCAUUUUGAAACAUGUUUUUGUAUGUUAUGUCUUUCAGUUUCCCAUUGUUAAAAAUGGUCAUCUUAGUUCUUAUCCUCUUA